GGGCGCCGCCGCCGCCGCGCGGGCCGCGUCGCGCCCGCCAUGAACUUCUCGGAGCUGUUCAAGCUCUCGGGCCUGCUCGGCAAGUUCUCCCCCGACGGGAAGUGCCUGGCUUCAUGUGUGCAGUACCGUUUGGUCAUUCGAGAUGUGAACACCCUUCAGAUUCUUCAGCUGUACACUUGCCUGGAUCAGAUUCAAUAUAUAGAAUGGUCAUCUGAUUCUCUCUUUAUAUUAUGCGCCAUGUACAAGCGAGGGAUUGUUCAGGUCUGGUCCUUAGAGCAACCAGACUGGCACUGUAAGAUUGACGAGGGGUCAGCAGGACUGGUGGCUUCGUGCUGGAGUCCGGAUGGUCGUCACAUUCUCAAUACAACUGAGUUUCAUCUGCGGAUAACUGUGUGGUCCUUGUGUACGAAAUCUGUAUCUUAUAUCAAGUAUCCCAAAGCUUGUCAGCAGGGAAUAGCUUUCACUAAAGACGGCCGCUAUAUGGCCUUAGCAGAAAGGCGUGACUGCAAAGACUUUAUUAGCCUCUUUGUAUGCAGUGACUGGCAGCUAUUGAGACAUUUUGACACUGAAACACAGGAUCUAUUUGGGAUUGAAUGGGCUCCUAACGGCUGUGUUCUGGCAGUGUGGGAUACGUGUCUGGAGUAUAAAAUACUGCUGUACUCCCUUGAUGGCAGACUGCUUUCCACAUAUCAGGCUUAUGAAUGGUCGCUAGGCAUAAAAUCAAUUGCCUGGAGUCCCAGCAGUCAAUUUUUGGCGAUUGGCAGCUAUGAUGAAAAGGUGCGUAUCUUGAACCAUGUAACUUGGAAGAAGAUCACAGAGUUUGAGCAUCCAGCAACCAUUACUAAUCCAAAGACAAUUGUGUAUAAAGAAGCAGAGAAAUCUCCAUCUGCUGAAACUGAGAGACUGACUUUCCCUCCGAGAGCAUUGGCUAGUUCUCUCUUCAGCACCCAGAGUAAAUAUGCUAUUUCCCAGGUGCCAGUUUCUUUACAGUAUGUCAAACCAGUUGCUGAUAGGGCAAAUCCCAAAAUCGGGGUUGGAAUGCUGGCAUUCAGUCCGGAUAAUUGUUUCUUGGCAACCAAAAAUGAUAAUAUUCCUAAUGCUGUCUGGAUCUGGGACAUUCAAAAGCUGAAACUGUUUGUAGUCUUGGAGCAGUUGUGUGCAAUCCAGUCUUUCCAAUGGGAUCCACGACAAUCUCGACUUGCUAUAUGUACAGGAAAUAGCAAAGUGUAUUUAUGGUCCCCAGCUGGAUGCGUAUCCGUACAGAUUCCAAUGGAAGGUGACCUCCAGAUCCUCUCUCUUUGCUGGCAUUCUAGUGGAGAUUCCAUGGCACUUUUGAGUAAGGAUAACUUUUGUGUGUGUUACUUAGAAAGAGAGGAGGUAAAAUAAUCAUUUAUAUUAAAAAAUGUUGGCAAUUUUGAGGGAAAGUGAGAAAAGGUCAACCUGUUGUCCAAUCUCAAGCUGUUUUGUACUAAUAAACUAUUUAUUUGAAGGAGCAUAAGCUCCACUGUGUGAACUGCUGUGAUUGUAUUUGAAUGAUGUGAUUUUACAGGAUAGAGAAUGAAGCCUGGAUUUUAAGGGAAUUUCAGUAUUGCUGUAGUUGAACUUCCUUAACUAUGAAACUUAUUUUCUAAAAUUGUAGCUGUGUGUAUAUGAUGUAUAGACAUUAUUUGAAUUUGUAAUUCCCAAUAAAUAUUUUGUUAAUUAUU